AUGUUGCUCCGACAAUCCACCCGCCUUGUAUCAAACAUCUCGGCUCCUAUCCGAUGUAUCCCUAGUACUCGGACAUUGAGCAGCACAGCCUCAAAGCUUACAGAGAAGAAGAGUGCCUACCGGGAAGGGCUCUCGGCGUAUGGGGCUUUUGCUCGUCCCUUUGGCAAGGUUUUCUUGGGGGCUGUGCUCACUUAUCAAAUCAUUUAUUGGACAUGGGUGAAGCUUGAGACGGAUGAUACCAAGCUUGAAAAGAAUGGACAAUUAGCCAGCUUAGAAAAGAAAGCUCGUGAGCUGGCAGCUGCUCAAAAAUGA